GUGCCGAAAUAAUGACAUUUUCAAGGGUUCCUGUUGCUGUCAGCUGCCUGGGCCCACUACCUCUCCUGGCCUGCCCGUGCCCGGAACACCAUAGGCACUGAAAGGAUGGCCACCCAGCUGCGGACCAAGGAGGCCCUGGGGUCGGUGUCGUUCAGAGAUCUGAUUGUAGACUUCACCCAGGAGGAGUGGCAGCAACUGAAGCCUGCGCAGAAGGACCUGUACAGGGAUGUGAUGAUGGAGACCUACUGGAACCUGGUCUCGCUGGACUUGGAGACUGAAUGGAACGUGAAUGAACCGGAUUCAGAGAAGGAGCUUUGGGCAGACAGACCAUCCACUGCAGUGGUGGAGGAAGGACUCAUGAAGAAUGGAGCCUGGGGUUAUGCCCGUGAAAAAGUGGGGAUACAGGGGGACAGGGUGGGGCAGCAACACAGAAACACAGGGACCCAUCUGGUGCCUUUGGACAUGUCCCAAGUGUUAGCUCCUGAGUGUUGUGAAUUUAAGACACUGAUCCACCAGAGCUAUAUGCGGAACCCACCAAGACUGGAAGGACCGAGAGGGCCAGGUACUUCAAGCCUCAGUCCUGCCUCCCAACUUUGUGCAGAGAAGAAGACAUACAAGUGCAAACACUGUGGGAAGACUUUAAGCUCAAAGUCAUCCUUGAGAAAGCACCAACGAACCCAUUCCUCGGUGAAGCCAUAUGUGUGUGGGGAUUGCGGUAAGGCCUUCAGCCGGAAGGAUAAGAUCACCCUACACCAGAGGACACACACCGGGGAGAAACCUUAUGUGUGCGGAGACUGCGGCAAGUCCUUCAGGCAGAAGAGUAAUAUCAUCCUACACCAGAGAACGCACACCGGGGAGCAGCCAUAUGUGUGUCAGGACUGCGGCAAAGGCUUCAGCCGGAAAUCAACCCUAGAUGUGCAUCAGAGGACACACACUGGGGAGAAGCCUUACUUGUGCGGGGAUUGUGGCAAGGCCUUCAGAGACAAUAGGCAUCUCAUCCAGCAUCAGAGGAUACACACCGGAAAGAACCUGCACUCCUGCGGAGACUGCGGCAAAGCCUUCAUCUACAAACGAAGUCUCAUUGUCCAUCAGAGGAUGCACACAGGGGAGAAGCCUUAUGUGUGUGAGGAGUGCGGCCAGGCCUUCAGACAGAAUAGGCGCCUCGUGGAGCAUCAGAGGAAGCACACUGGGGAGAAGCUGCACUUGUGCAUGGAUUGCGGCAAAGCCUUCAGCCAGAAAUCUGACUUCCUUGUGCAUCGGAGGACGCACACCGGAGAGAAGCCGUAUGUGUGUGGUUACUGUGGCAAGGCCUUCAGGCAUAAGGGUAACAUCUUCCUACACCAGAGAACGCACACUGGGGAGAAGCCAUAUGGGUGCAGUUAUUGUGGCAAGGCCUUUAGCCAGAAAUGCAGCCUCCUUGUACAUGAAAGGAUGCACACUGGGGAGAAGCCAUUCUUAUGUGCGGAGUGUGGCAAGGCCUUCAGCCAGAAAUCCAGUCUCCGUGUGCAUUCAAGGACGCACACUGGGGAGAAGCCAUAUGUGUGUGAGUACUGUGGCAAGGCCUUCAGAGAGAAUAGGCGCCGCAUGAAGCAUCAGAAUACGCACACUGGGGAGAAGCCGUAGGUGUGUGAGGACUGUGGGAAGGCCUUCAGAAGGUAUGGACACCUUAUCAAUCCCACAAGACACACAGCCAAGAAAAGCCAUACACGUGGGGGAAGUAUGGCAAGGCCUUCAUCCACUCACUAAUGGAGUCUCAAUGUGCAUCAGAUGAUGCACACAGGGAAGAAGACUUAUGUGCGUGGUAGUGGCAAGGCCUUCAGCUAGAAAUCCAGCCUGCUUGUGCAUUCAAGGACUCACAGAGGGAGAAGCCAUAGGUGUGUGUGGACUGAGACUAGCUCUACCAUCAGAGUGAACAGGAGCCUUGUUGAGCAUCAGAGGACACACACUGGCGGACACCACGUGUGUGCUAGGACUCUAGCCAGUCCUUCAGAGAAUUGGUGCCUCACUGAGCAUCACAAGAUGCACACUAGGUAGGAGCUGUACAUAUGUAGGGAUUGUGGCGAGGCCUUCAGUAGAACAGGAACCUCACUGAGCAUCAGAGAAUUCAGAUUUUGUCCCUGGCUGGUGUGGCUUUGUGGAUUAAGAACUGGACUGUGAAUCAAGGGUCUCCGGUUCCCAGUCAGGGCACGUGUCUGAGUUCAGGUCAGGUCCCCAAUAGGGGGCGCUCGAGAAGUAACCACAUAUUAACGUUUCUCUACCUCUCCCUCUUUAAAAAAUAAAAAUUUUAUGCCCUGGCUGGUGUGGCUCAGUGGAUUGAGCAUGGGCCUGCGAACCAAAGGAUCGUGGUUCAAUUCCCCAUUAGGGCACAUGCCUGGGUUGCAGGCCAGUUCCCAGCAGGGGACACACAACAGGCAACCAUACACUUAUAUAUCUCUCCCUCUCUCCUUCCCUCCCCCUCUAAAGAUAAAUUAAAAAUUAAAAAACCUAAAAGAGAGGGAAAAAACCAAUGCACCCUAAGGAGGAGGCAUACAUAGUAGACACUUUAGCAAGAACCCCUCGUUCAGGAAGCACAAUCCAGUGCCCACUGGGGAGUCCCCUGCCAGUGCUCCACCUGCCAGAAGGAUUCAUGAUAUGCUCAUCUCUACAGAAUCGUCUGACUAGCCCCACCUUAAGAAGUGCAGCAAAACCUUCAUCUGGAACUUUUUGUUCCCCGUCCACCAGGUGGGUCUAUGGAAGACAAGCCCUACUACAGUGGCAAGUGCAGGGAAGCCUUCAGCAGGAAUUUCUACCUCAUGUUGUACAUAGUAGGGAAUUAGGGGCUUUUAGAAUCCACACCUGACUGGUAGGUCAGCCUAUGGGCCAGUGGCAGACGAUAUUGGAGCCUACGAGUGGGAUGCAAGAGAAGUCCUGAUCAGACCUGUCUUAGAAAUAAGGGUGUUGAGGACACACCAAGGCAUUCUCACCAUAUGCUCCCCCACCAUCCGCAGGGCCAGGUGUAAAGCCAGCUCCCUACAGGUCUAGUAUCUGGGAAUGAGGCCAGGGGUCCUGUCACUCCAGACCCAGAUCGACUAAACUUGUAGGAGCUUGGACAAUACAUUCAGUGUCUCUGGUCUCCACCUCCUGAGUAGUAAAGUGGAGGACGGAUGGGAGGAGGUGGAGGUGGUCUCCAUGGGGGCAUUGUUACUGACAUAUGCCUGGAUCUUGUCUAGAGGUCAGGUUGUCACAUCUGUGAGUGUCCUUGUUUGCCCCACUCCCAGCCCCCAGUUUUCCUGCAACAGUAGAAGGUGCCAGGUAUUUUAUGAAGGGAAGAAAAAUGUUUUUCAGCCUGGGAACUAACAGUCGCAUCAGAUGCCAUAGUUUCUCAAAGGGGUCUGUUAGUUUUUUAAAAUAAAACUUUAAGGGGAACCAAUGUUAUUUUAAAUAAUCAUCAUGCAAAAGGUACACAUACAGGUUGUUGCGUGCUGUCCUGCCUGGUUUCAGGGACUGUAGCCUCGUUAAUGGACAAAAAUGUCCCAUGGCUCUGCUGAGGGAAAAGGAGUUAUGGACAUGAGCCACUAAGGAGACAGAAAAUUUCCUCCUGGCAGGAGCGCAUCCCCUGUCUCCCUCACUUUCCCCUGCUUGGCCUGGAGUGGUGGCUACUUAGCCAAUGAACUGUAAGACCCCCUAAAAGGGGAUGGGUAACCUAAGACAGGCACAGUUGCGAUGGGCCAGCAGGGAAGGACUUGGGGGUCUACAGAGAAGGGGCAGAAAGAUCCUCACCCCCUUGGCUUUGUCAUAGCCUGAGUCCUCAGUCUUUGUGUAAGUCUCCUAGUCUCUUGGCUGCUUUGCUCUCCCUGCCUGACUUAGACCGCUCAGGGAAGGGUGGGGGCUGAAUCUGGCCAGAGAAAGAAUAGACAUUGUUUCCUUUGAGACUUGCUCUGCCAUGUUGCUAUAAAACAGACAGGAGCUAAAACCAACCCUGACUAGAGAGAAUUCCUGUGUUUCUUCAACUAUUAUCUGUGAUGUCAGUUUUUCAUGACUGUAACUUUUUGAAUAUUGGUGAAUGAGCUUUAUGUGCAUACUAUGUAUAUCUGUGUUAUUUG